UCAGCAGAUUCAAAACAUGUGAUUCUGAUUUGUGUUGAAUCGUUUACUGUUUGUUUAAAAAACACCAAAGUCAUUUUAAAACCAUUCGAUUGUGUCCGGUUUUGUGAACUCUACAGUCAUGUUUGGAAAUCUGAUCCGCACAAAACUGGCGCCUAGUAUUGAUGCUAUAGUCACUCGAAAUAUCCAUACAUCCUUAAUAAUCAAAGGAGCUGGACAAGGAUUUCCACCAAGAAAACUACCAGAAGAAGUCGAUGCGAGUGGAGCCCAUGCUUAUCAAAAUAUUUAUGGUAAUCUCCGACGACCCAAAGCUAAACCUAGAAAAAUUCCUGAAAAGGAUAGAAGAGUCCCAGUUAGUUGGGAAGUUAGUGCUAAAUAUAUGCUAAGUAAAACCUUUGCAGAUACUUAUGGUGAAUACAAAAUAUGGCAAAUGUAUCGUCGAAAUUUUCGCGGACCCAUGGAUAAAGUGCCCAUUCACACAAGAGAAUCCUGUAUUGGAGAAGAUGGUUAUAUUCAAAACAACAAUCCCUGCCCCGUCUGCAGAGAUAAAUAUUUAGUCCUGGAUUAUCGAAAUACAUUACUUUUAAAACAGUUUAUCGACACUUUUACGGAUCAGUUGAUGGAUAAUCGUAGAACCCAUCUUUGCUGUGCUAAAUAUGAAGAAUUGUUAACUGAAUAUGUGAAGGCAAAGGAAUAUGGUACAAUUAAUUUUGUUUUGCCAACUCGUAAAUAUGAUUACCGUGAAUAUUAUCAUAAGAAUCUAUUGAAAAACUUUGAAGAGCAACAACUUGAUACCUCGAGUGAUCCUAUCCUUAAGAAAAUCGAACUUUAUCCGGACUAUAUUACGGAAGAUCCAGCAGCCUACACUUUCCCCAAUGUUUUACCGAAAACUAUUUUCCCUGAAGAUAGUUGAUCGUUUUUCUAGAGUUGUAAUUUAUCAUAAAAUGCAAAUAAAAAUGUUAUUAAUGCAAAAA